UUCUCCUCCCGAAGCUUUUACAAUUUUUCUCGCGAUUUUUCUUUUAAAUUUCGAGGCAAUUUUUGAGGCGUGAAAAAUUAAAGCAUAAGAAGACAUUUCUAUUUUCCAUAAAGAAAUGGAAGAAACUGCUAAGAUCAGUAAGCAAUUCUGAUCUGAAGUUUUGAAUAACGGUAGUGGAGGUAGAAAAUGGAAGAGAUAAACGAGACAGAGGGAGCACGAGAAGGUCCCUGUUUGGCUGAAUCGGGCAAACGGACGGAGAUUCAAGAUACGUUGAAGAAGAGAGUCAUUACGGUGGAUGAUUUCCCAUGGAGAUUGCCCUCUCCACAGUCACAGACAGAGCAGCAGCAGCACCUCAAGUACGUAGGAGGAGUGGACGUCAGCUUCUCCAAGGAAGAUCCAUCUAUGGCAUGUGGGAGUUUGGUGGUUUUGGACCUCCUUAAUGAUCUACGCCUCGUUUAUCAGGAAUAUACCUGCGACAGAAUUGACAUUCCUUAUGUCCCAGGCUUCCUUGCCUUCCGUGAGGCUCCCAUUCUUGUACAUCUCUUGGAGAAGAUGAAAAAUGAUGCAAGUCCUUUCUAUCCUCAGGUACUUAUGGUGGAUGGUAAUGGAUUACUUCACCCUCGAGGUUUUGGUUUGGUCUCUCAUGUAGGUGUUAUUGCUGAUAUUCCGACCAUUGGUAUUGGAAAGAAUAUGAGUUUGCAUCUACUAUUGAUUUAAAUACUAUUAUAUCUUAUUCGUGAUUUUAAUGAACAAACAUUCAUAUAUACAAAUAAACAAUAUACAUAUGUCCACUGCCAAUAUAUUUUAUCCUUUUCAGCUGCAUCAUGUUGAUGGUCUUACUCAAUCUGGGGUAAGAAAACAGAGCCAAAGGCAUUAUUACUUUAAGGCAACUCAGGAUUCAUCUGGGGGGCGGCAAUGCGAUCAAAUCGAGGUUCACUAAAGCCUGUAUUUGUUUCAAUUGGUCAUAGAGUAUCACUUGAAACUGCAAUCAAUAUUGUAAAUAUGACAUUCAAAUUUCGUGUGCCGGAGCCCAUCAGGCAGACUAGACUUGCAUUCGCUAUGUAGGCUGAUAUAAGAUCAAGAGAGCAUCUUCGAAAUCUCAAAUUGAAAUGUCCAAGUGAUGCAAUUGCUAAAUGGUAGGUUAUUCUAUAAACUUGGUUUUCUUUUUCUUGCUUUUUCCUCAAUUACGAGAGCCUGCAGACUAAGGCUGUGCCGGCUUUUUCUGAAAUAGAUGUGAAGGUUCGUUCUAAAGUAUUUGGCUAAUGUGGAAAGCAUCUGGUAUCAGUACUGAGGGCAACACCGUUAAGCAUGAGUGACACUUCCUCUGCUGUACUACCGGCUUUUUGUUAUAUUUCCGUAGCAGUUUCAUGCGUCAAGAAUGGAGAAACCAUCACACUAUUGAUUUCAGAUGUAGCUGGCUGCCUGUCCUUGACCGCUAACAGCAUGCAAGAGGCGGUAACAGUCGGCAAUUUUUGAUUGUGUUUCCUUUCGAGACUGUUAUCGUGUUGUGGUUGAUGUUUAUCAAAUUGUUUGUAAAACAAAAACGGUCCAGAGUAUUGAAUGAUCCGGCUUUCAAAUGAAUUUAACCAGAUAAAGCUUAGUUUGUACUUUGACGUGCUACCCUAUGGAUACAGAGAUGCCAUAU